AUGUCGUCCUCGAUUCAUGGGUCGUUGUCUCCACGACAGGGACCAACAUCACCAGCAUCUAACAGAGCAAACGAUGACAACUCUGGUUUAACACUGUCGCUGAGCCAGCUUUCCUUGACGAACGAACCCAAAACCCUGAAGCCUCUUCCGAGCCCAAGAAACUCCUGGGGAACUCCCGCGAAGCCGCCAUCUCGAAGAUCGCCAUCAGCCUCACCUCAUCCUCGGACGCCUUCUCGCAGUCCUUCUAAUGGACCGGGCUCUAGAAGAGCUUCCCAUGCUGAGACGCCGCCACUACUUCGAAAGGCUUCCAUGAACUCUUUACAUUCUGCGAAUGGUUUCGCGCCUGGAAGACCUUUGGCCAGGCGAUCGAGUUCAUCGCAGAUAAUCUCAACAUCUCCAGCAAACAGGACGCCCCCUGAAGAGAAGCCCCCUGUGACAGCAGGAAGCAUCGCUAGCGAUUACUUUGCGGCUGAACUUGCGGAAUACCAUGGAGAUACUGCUACGCUAUCUACGGACACUGUUGUUAUCCUUAACGAUGCUGUAUAUGGGCAUCGCUUCUCCCGCCCUCGAACUUCCCGAAGUGCAUUAAGCACAAUUGUGGAACGACCCGAACGUAUCAAGGCUGCUGUUCUAGGUAUAUCAACAGCAUACGUACGGUUGGGCGGUCGACACUGUCAGGGUCACUUGCCUAUUCAUCCCAAGAGGAACCUUUCCGACAUCAUCAGCAUUCCCUUUCGCAUUCACAAGACCACUAGACAACUGUCACUGCUGUCUCCCGCAGUGACCAAUGUACAUGGCACCAAGUGGAUGGAGGAAUUGAAACUCAUGUGCGGCUCGGCUGAAUCAAUAUUGGCUAUGGGAGGGAAGGAGCUGCAACGACCUGACAUUUCUAGAGGACCAGAACAUGCUGCGCCACAGAAGCUCCACGAGGGCGAUUUGUAUCUGUGCGAAGAGUCCCUCAACGCCAUGCAAGGUGCUUUGGGCGCAGUGUGCGAGGCAGUGGACACUGUCUUUGGUCCUGGUCCUCGCAAAGCGUUUGUCGGCGUAAGACCCCCUGGCCACCAUUGUUCUGCUUCUCAUCCUUCUGGCUUCUGUUGGGUGAACAAUGUUCAUGUGGGCAUCAUGCAUGCUGCACUUGAACAUGGUCUCACUCAUGCAGCCAUAAUCGACUUUGAUCUCCAUCACGGCGACGGCUCUCAGGCCAUUACUUGGCAGCACAAUGCCCGCGCUAAUGCUGCGAACAAGAGCCACGCCUCUUGGAAAAGAACGUCAAUAGGGUACUUCAGCUUGCAUGACAUUAACUCUUAUCCUUGCGAGAUGGGUGAUGAAGACAAGGUCAAGAACGCGAGUUUAUGUAUCGAUAGUGCGCAUGGCCAGUGUAUCUGGAAUGUCCACCUACAAUCCUGGAAAACGGAACAAGAGUUCUGGACCCUGUACGAAAGUACAUAUGCUGUUUUGUUGGAAAAGACACGAAAGUACUUGAAAAAUGAGGCAGCCAAGCUGCGUGCCUCAAACCAAGUCCCCAAAGCGGCAGUCUUCUUCUCUGCGGGUUUCGAUGCCAGUGAGUGGGAGAGCGCGGGAAUGCAACGCCACCAUGUGAAUGUGCCGACGGAGUUUUAUGCCAGGCUUUCGCAAGAUGUUGUGAAACUGGCGACAGAGGAGGGACUGGCUGUAGAUGGCCGUGUGAUUAGCGUCCUCGAAGGUGGAUAUAGCAAUCGCGCCUUGUGUUCAGGGAUACUGAGCCAUCUGAGUGGCCUAGUUGGUGUUAGUCACGAUCAAAGUCCAAUCGAGACGGAGCAGGAAUCUACCGGGCUCGCGUACGAGAUGGGCCAAAGGAUUGGAGCUAUCAAUUUGAACGCGGAUCCGACAAUGAAACCUCCGGCGUCAAUGUACGAUGCAGCAUGGUGGGCAACGAAUGAACUAGACCUCCUCGAAGAACCCGAAGAGCCUCUAGCAGUACUGAGAAAACCACGCAACUCUACUCCUCCGACCUACUCAUCGCCAACCCAGGCCUCUACUGCUAGAGUUGCUGACCCCAUCAAGAUGAAGAACAGUCUCUCUAGCUUGUCUACCAGCUAUUCGAAAGUACCUCAGAGGCCGACAUCACCCCCACCUCCUGAAGUGCCUUGGCAUAUAGCUGCUAAGGAACUGUGCAAGACUCUGAUACCAUCAGAUCGUCAAACAGACAGUUGUACGGCGGAGGAUCUAAAUGCUGAAGCAUCACGGGCCCGGAGAGAUCGCCAGUCUCUUUUGAUUGGGAACCAGCCGCCCACACCAUCCGGAUCUGAUAGAUCAUCAUCGAGGAUGUCGUUACGCGAACGUAAAUCGAGACCAAUCGGUCCUAUUGACGAGGAAAUGAGCGAAAUGCUACCGAAGACAAGAAGAAAGCCCGCAAGCACACCGAUAUCAUCCCCGGCGAAGGCUGGGAGAAGAACGCCUCAGCCAGCUGGAGCGCAGUCCGCCAGAAGAUCUAGCCGCCGCCUGAGCGUGGCGUCUACGAAUCUGUCCCCUCCCAGGGAAGAGCCACCUCCGGUCCCUCCUAUCCCAGCCACAGCGCCUGGCCCUAACCGAACAACCAGUCGGCCCAACUCUAGGGUGGGUAGGACACAGAGCAGUAACAAGGUUCCCGUGAAGAAGAGCCAGGCAGUGCCACCCCGAAUAGACCCUGCACCGAAAGGAGGGCGAGAUGUGACAAGGGCGAGCACUCCCGCUAGAGGAGCGAAACAGUCUACAGUUGGGGCUGACACGCCGACCCCGGCUACGGGACUACCGCUCAAUGCCGUCGGUAACGAUGCCAAGAGCGAUGUUGACAGUUUGACCAACGGUGUCAAGAAGAUAAGAAUCAACUUGAUCACAAAGACACAAAAGGAUGGGAAGCAGGCCAAGUCAGAACAAAGCGCGGAACCCGGCCGCCAACUUGGGCAGGAUUCAAGUAUUGUGAAGUCGGAGAAACCACCUACCCCUGAAGGCAUGUCCUCUAUACCAAAUGCUCCGGAGCAGCUUCCAACUCAACUUGCGCCAGCUUCUGGUGUUCCUGAAGCACCACCAACGCCGUCACUAAGUGGAGGAAUUUCAACUCCGGUUGAGGAAAUCUACACAUCUAAUGCAUCGUCGCCCACGCCGACUCCGUCCAUUCCCACGGGAAGCUCUCCCGAUGUACCGCAUGUUACUAUUCAACCAGCCAGCGACGCCAGCGAUGUCUUUAUCCCCUAUCAGCCGGAAGGACCUGAACCUGUCAUCAUGGGGCAGCACGAGCAUCUGAGGUGGCUUCCGCCUAACGUUCAGACGCCUUCUUCUGUAGCGCCGGUUAACACACCUCUGCCUAGCGCGACGCAAACGAAAAGUACCCUAUUCCACUACACCUCAGGGAUUCCAUUCGCCCCAAGGCCGGAUACAGAGUCACAAGGACGACCAGGAUCUCUGGGCACAGCACGUACAGGACAUGAACAGUGA